AUGCUUUCCCACUGGUCCCGGUUAUGGGCGCUGCUCUGCCUAGUUUUGAUUAUACAGCAAGUCAGUGGAGAGGCCUUCAGGAUAGCCCCAAGGGCGGACGAUGAGGAUCAGCAAAAAACAACAUCGAUCGAGUCUACCUCGACGUUUACACGCCAACACAGCAGUGCUACCAAGACCGCUGAAGCUUCUGAAAAGAAGACCGAAUCCGCUGAAGCCACAGACUCAAAGUCUGAGACCGAAUCUAUUUCGGUGACGGCUUCUGAAACAGAGAAAACGCAAAGUUCAGACCCUACAUCAACCAGCACUGAUUCCUCUCUCGAAAGUGGACUUGAUGACUCAACCUAUUUUAAUUCGACGAUUCCUGCCGGGCACUUGCCUAUUGAGCCUAAACUCACCCCUGGUUGGGGUGUUGCAGGCACUAUUCUACUUAUCACCGGUGUUGCCUACGCCCUUGUGGGAAUCAAGAAUCGAAUGAUUCACACCUUUUUUUCGACGGCUUUUGCUGCUUCAUUAGGAGUGGCGGUGCUAAUUGUAUAUGUUAUGAAACCUGAAGUGAGCGAUGCUUUGCAGGGAGGUUAUGUGGUUGCCGCCAUCGUUUCUGGAUGUAUCCUUGGUGCAGCUUCUACGUUUUUCAGAGAAAUCACUGAGGGAUUAGCUUGUGCCCUCGGUGGGUUCUGCGUUAGUAUGUGGCUUCUCUGCUUGGUCCCCGGAGGCCUACUCGGACCUGUCGUGUCUAAAGCGAUCUUUAUUGCUUGCUUCACUGUGGGAGGAUUUGCCUUCUACUUCAGUCAUUUCACCCGAGACUGGGCACUUAUUCUCACAAUUGCCUUCUCUGGCGCUACAGUUACGGUGUUGGGAAUCGACUGCUUUAGUAGAGCUGGGCUGAAGGAAUUCUGGGCCUAUGUCUGGGAACUCAACGACGAUUUAUUCCCUCUAGGCGCCAAUACUUACCCAGUUACUAAGGGCAUCCGAGUGGAAACCGCAGCCAUCGUUAUAAUUUUCCUAUUCGGCAUCAUCUCACAAAUCAAGUUGUGGAAGAUUGUCCGGGAAAAACGUGAAAAGAAGGCAGAGGAAGCUGCCGAAGGGGAGCGCAACCUUCGCGAGGAGGAAGAACAAGCUGGACGAAAUAUUGAGGAGGCCAAUGCACGCGAGAGACGACAAUGGGAAAGGAUUUACGGCGAUGGCGAUGUGGCAAGCUCAACAGCCUCUCGCACCUCGAACGAUGGAGAGGCUCAGAAUGAGAAAAAGAACCGCCACAGCCAAACAGAUUCCUCAAAAACACAUACUGCCUCGGUUGUUGAGGUUAUCGAGAUGACUGACAUGCCUAACUCUGGAAACUCACAAAAACAGCCUAUUGUUACCUUGAUGUCUUCAGAACAAGAUGAGGACGGCAGAGUCACGGUUCGUGUGGCCUCGGAUGAUACUGCACAACCCACAGCGACAACAACAAACGAGCGGGUGGAUACUGACAACAAUGCCCAAAGUCUUCCCAUCGUGGGCGAGCAGACUGACCGACGCAUCUCCACACAGACAUCUGUUGUCAAAUCCACCGCUCCUCCUAUUGUUCCCCUCCCCUUCACCAUUCCUGUUGCUGACGACAACGAUAACGACGGCGCUUUCAUUAACGACGACCGCUCUUCAGUUGCCACCUUUGCCGACGAAGAAGAUUCCGGUCUUCAUACCCCCGGCCACCGACACUCAUUAGCAAAACGCCUGUCCCGUCUUUCUCGCGGAUCAAUGGACUUGCUCGGAAACAUUUCUCACCGAUCGAGUCGCGUUUUGGGCGAUCAUCAGGAACUCGAACAUGGUGAGAGUACUGAUGAGUUGGUCAUCCCUCGAUCUCGAUCCCGCCUGCGUAACGACAACGGCUCGAUUGCUGCGACAAUUGACGACGAGAGUGUAAGCGGUGACGAUCGCCACUCCCUUCCAACUCAAGAACUAUCAAAGAACAUUGAGAUAAAUGCCGAACUUUCUGGAAAGGAUGCCGCAGUUCUAGGUGCCAGUGACGUUGCUGAGCCUAAAGACCUUGAGCAACCAGAAGGCCGACCUGUGGAGGGGGUUGACAAGACCAAAUCUGUCACAUCUGGAUCUUCAGUACGCGCCAGUCUAACAAAGGAUCGACUUCCUCGUUCACUUUCUCGGGUGGCAUUGUCGUAUCGAACUAAUGAAUGGGCCAAGCACUUGAGCAGUGCAGAAGCUCCCGCACUGGACGACAUUCAAACCCCCCCACACAAGAACCUAGCAGUGCCAACUAUGGAAACACCAGCACCCGUACACGUCGAUGAGCUACGAAAGUCAUCGAACGAAGGAACACCCGCACCUGCAAUCACUCGAUCAAACUCACAAGCCUCCAAUCUAUCACAUACCGCUUCGCGUCUCGGUGUAAAGCAGCAUGUCCCUGCGGCUCUCGCCCUCCUCACAGGCGAAGGCCAAAGCCGUAGUCCAGGUACAACCCCGACCAGUGGUGUUAUGCCGCGAUCUUCAUCAGGAGGCCUGCGAAUGUCGUCUGGCGGCAUUGGUCCUAUUGCUGAAGAACAAGUUGGUCUACGAACAACACCACCUAUACCUGAAGGGGAAGUCAUGGGCGCGCCAACGCUCAACCUUCCAGUCAGCCCUGAAGGUCAGCGAUCUUCAACUCCUGGAGUUGUAUCAUAUUCGAGCCCCCAGACCCUUAUUGGCCAAAGGGAAAUGUAUCUUCGCAACAGAUCGGUAGGGAAUCUAUUGGCCAGCUCAUCCGAAGUCAACCUGCCUGCUCGACAUAGAGCUUCCAGUGAUGCAGGAUCACUCAGCAACUACCCCAUGUACGCUGCCGCUGUCGGAGUAGAUGUAGACGACUUGCCCCUGAACCAGAGAAAAGAACUGAUGCGACAGAGCAGUCUGAAUCCUUCAACUUCUACUUCGUCUCUUCAACGCCUUAGUGGUGGUAGCAAUGGUAAUAUGUUUAACAACCCAGAAGCACUUGCAAACUCCCACCAACCUAAGCGCGUUUCAACACUUCCUAAUUCUGUUGUCCGCGAGGCCGCCCUCGCAAACUUCCGACAAUCAGUUCAACAUGAGCUACGCUCCGGUACACCUGUUAUCAGCAACUCCGGCCGCGAAACCCCUUUUACUCCGCAGUCUCUCUUGGGUAGUCGAGAGGUAGAGGUCCAGCGCAAUGUCGACAUGAGCCGUAACAUUCUCCUGAGUCAGAAACAAGCCGAAACCCAGCGUCGCGAGACACAGCAACGACAGAAAGAAUGGGCUGACAAAGCUUUCGAUGAACGCAUGCGAAAUGGCGACCUUCUUGACGUCCAUCGCGAAGCUAUGCGUAAACUUCAGAAGCACGCUAAGGAUACAUAA